UACUAUUUGGAGAAAAAAAAAACAAUAAACGGCGUAGGUGUACCUACUUACGCAUUUCGGAGACGCUAUUUAAACAGGUCCGGCACGUCGAAUGGUGUAUGUCGUCUUCGGCUCAAGAUACCGAGAUAAAGUGGCUGGACGCGGCUAGGAAGUGCUGCGACGUAGCCAAGUCGGACAGCUGCCAAUUGUCCUGUUUGGACCAAAACGCUGGGUCCCGGUCGGUGCACAGGGACUGCCAAGACGAAACGGAUUUCUUCAAUUGUCUGCAACACCAACAGGUCAAAGAUACAUGUUGCGGCGACAAGACGGACGCGGCGCAGUGUCAGAUUGCGUGCGAGAAAUUCUUAGCCAAUACGCCGUCCAUCAACCGACACGCGGCCAACCAGGAAAUCCUCGACCUGUGCUCGGCCGAUCGACGGGGCGCACGUUCCGCCACUACCACCACUACAUCGGUUGAGCUGCACCGCCGAUGCACCCGAAAUACGACUGCUAGACGACCGUCGUCAGACGGACACAAAUACUUGCACUGUUGCAAGUUGGCUGCGGACACGCAGUGCGAACAAGCUUGUCAGGACAGUCUUCGCAGAAAAUUUGACUCAGACGUCGAGGCAGUUGACAGUUUGGAGGGAAGAGGAUGCGGACCACCAUCGUUGGACGACCGGUUUUGGCAAUGUUUCUUGCAAAGUGAACGGGCUGAGCAGAAAGAUACCUCGGCACCGGCACCGAUGUCACAAAUAGAGAAACUCGGCAUGGACAGCGUGAAACUACAUUGUUGUGAUAAAGCCACGAUAGCGGGAUGUCGUAAACUUUGCUUGAAGACGUUCACUAACGAAUGGUCUUCAUCUUGGAACGACUUCAACUCCGAAUGUUUGUCACAUCCAAACGAAGAUCAAUUGCUCAAAUGUUUGGACGACGUCGAAGAACCUUGCGAUCUGGGCUGUGAUGGUUUGAACUACUGUACGGCGUUCAACAACCGGCCAACGGAACUGUUUCGGAGUUGUUCGCCGCAGACGGACGAUGCGGCCCACUAUGACGUGACGCUGUGGCGUCAACGUGGCACCAUCACGCUGUUCAACUACGAGCUGCCACUGAAGAACAUCACAAAGUGUUUGCCCGAUAGCUGGAAGGCCGUCGCCUGCAUCUUACAAAUACGGCCGUGCACCAGGCAACCUCACGUCAACAAGAUUUGUAGGGACGACUGUCUGGAACUAUUGAGCACGUGCCUGGACUGGACGAACUUGGUGCCAGGGCUGUCGGCGGACGUACUCUGCGCACGGCUGUCGCCCAACUCCGGACCUUGCGUGCCGCUCGGGGCUUUUGCGGAACUCGGCGCACCUCGAUUACCACCGCCGCGACUACAGCACGAUCACCAGACGGAACUAGACUUACCGGAAGUUACCACUCCCUGCAAACGGAACCCGUGCGCACCGGGCUCGGUGUGCCUGAUCAACCGGGGUUGCAGAAUCGGCGGCGGAUGCAGGCCGUACCGAUGCGUGGCCGGGUGCAAGGCGGGUGAGGUGUCGCACUAUCUCGUGACGGAAGACUCGUACGCUCGCAUACCCACGUUCAACGGCCAAAAGGGCUGCGCGAAGAUCUGCCUGUGCACCAAGAAAGGCAUCGAAAAGUGUCAGCAAGUGCCCUGCUCACAAAUGCAGUCCUGUUGGCUGGUCGGCAAGCCGAUUGACCACGGAUCUACGUUCGAGAUGGACUGCAACACGUGCAACUGCUUCGCCGGCGAGAUCACCUGCACGAAGAAACACUGUGAAUCCGCCACCGUCAACGCCGUGUCCCGGUACAGGCACACUGGACUUCCGUGCAACUGUGCCCCGCAUCACGUGCCCGUCUGUGGAUCCAACGGCAACACGUACCCCAACUCGUGUCUAGCCAAGUGUGCCGGCCUGUCGGACGUAGACCUCAAGUUUGGCACGUGCUGGAACGACGAYCCGUGCGCCGGCGAUAACGGUUGUCGUUCGGACGAGAGGUGCGUGCCCUCCCGUCAGGUGUGCUUGUCCAUGUUGAAGAAGUCUUGCGUCCAAUACAAAUGUGUUUCAGAGAAGACAUUGUGCGAAGACUCAGCUAAAGGCGUGGUAUGCGACACGGACGAUGGCGAACACUCAAACCUGUGCCACCUGUUGCGGUCCGGAAAAACGUUGGCAUAUAGUGGCCCGUGCCUGGUGGGAUGCAACUCGACGGGACGCGUGUGCGGCGUGGACGGCAACACUUAUCCGUCCGAGUGCGCGGCCUUUGCGGAAUCAGUGAGCGUCGACUACGCGGGACCGUGUGCGUCUUCCGGGCUCAUUAGGCAUAACGGUCGUCCGUACUGCGCAGCAAAGGGCAUAGUAGACUGCCCGAAACUGCCCCAACAAGGAUGUCUGGGCAUCACGCCACCCGGUGCCUGCUGUCCCAAGUGCGCCGGAGCUCUGCAAAUACUCUUCAGUCAAAAACAAGUCGACCGAGUGAUGCAUACGCUGAAAAGGCCUACGGUAAACGCGCUGAACACGAAGUCUGUUCUCCGAGCAUUGGACAGGCACGUACUGGUGGCCGAGUGUGUGGUCCGUGGCCACUUGACCAUUUACCAAGACCUACUGGUGCUCGUCGAGUCGACAGUCCGAAACCCGACCAGGCUCCAACUGGAGGCGUGUAUCAGAGAGUCGGAGAAGCUGUCCACGCUGGUAGAGACGUCCAGCCCUCGGAUCAUGAUUGACCUGAGUCUCAGUACGCUCAUCUCCGCCAGUCCCGUGCACGAAGUGGUCACCGAUGACGAUACCAAUGCGGCCGCCACAACAUCCGAUUUUCGGACACAUGUCGCCGCCAUGACCACGUCGCUGAUUCUGACUCUGCUCAUUCGUUAAAAAUAUAAUCCGACUGAAUUUUUUUUAUUGUUUAUUAUUAUUUUUUUUGUUUCGUUUAUUUUAUAUUUUCGCAUUUUACUUAGCUCGUAAGAAUAUAUUGUAUCGUAUGAAAACAUUUCUCUAAAAAGUAUAGUAUUUUAUAUGCAUAUUAUACUAUUAAUACGGUACCUAGUAAUUAUUGUAUUUAAAACGAUUACAAUAUUAUACUAUACGCGAUGGCUGUGAUAACAAAACAUUAUUCUUACGUGCCUAUUUUAUACAUUGUUGAAAUGUUGUUCUUGUAUUAUACAGCAUUUAUUUUUAUUUUUAUUACCUAUUAUUAUUAUU